AUCCUUCGCCUUACUUUCAUGUACCGCCAGCAUCACCGCUCAUCGCCCUCUCAAUCUCAAACACCACGACGAACUGCUUCAUUGUCAUUGUUCGUGCAAUAACGUCGUUCGCUCAACAGCUGCAAAGCCGUUACAGCUACUCGCAACGUCGAAAGUACUCCUUCCUGUAACCAUCAGCAUUACAACAGCACAAGAUGUCGUCGAAUCUUAGAAUAGACACUUCUGCUUCUAUCAACGACAGUCGACUACAGGCUCUGUUAGCCAAGCAAGCAGAGUUCGAUGCCGCACAAGCACAACUUCAAGCCGAGAUAGCUUCUCUUAUGCCCUCAAGUACACCUUCGAUAUCAUAUCACCGAUCACCUAUACACAAACAGCAACAGCAACGCCGAAGUCAUGUCCCUCGAAGCAUGUCGAGCACUGGAGUUCCCUCCAUGUCGAGACAUUCAUCUUCUGACCGCAUCGAAUCAGUACAACAACGAAGAACGCUUUCCCAACGGUCGGCCACUUCAAUGACACGUACGAAUUCCAGAGGUACAUCGUCACAACAGACAGGCAACGUUCCCUUCACUCAACAUGGAGCAAUGCCACCGACCCUCAACACCGAGUCUCGUCGCCGAGAGCAUCCUGCCAUGAUGGCAUGGGCUCAAGAUCCACCUUUAACCUCAUAUACAUUCUCGCAUCAGCCAACACAACAAUCUCGGAAACCUGAACUGGAUCUGGUUCCUGAGUUAGAUCAUCUCGGAGAAGAUCCAGGUGAUUUCCUUUAUCGAACGUCAGGUACUCUGACACUACCACCGACUGUCUCGAUCACUUCAGCACGACAAAUAUCAUCAACAUCGAUGUCACAGCUUCAAUCAACCUCGAUGGCAUCGAUGCGAGACCCUUCGCAAAGUGCUCCCAGCCCCUACCAUCUACCAAUCCCUUCAACGCCAACUUCCGACUCACUCACGACAGCGACAACACUUACAAGCAGUAUGAGUCGACAAACUAGUCUGUGCACUGUGCCCGAGCCUCUGCUCGAAAGUAUUCAGAUGAUGAAGUUCAAUUCGAACGCGUCUUAUUCCUCUGAUGUUCAUGACGAUCAACCUAUGUAUGAUCAAGUUGCUCAUUUUCCAUCCUCUCAUCAUAGUCGUCGUUCCUCAAAUGAGGAGCAGUCUCAGCUUCUUGUUGGUGCUGGUGGUGCAAGUCACGAGUCACAAUUUUCACAUUCUUUGCAAAUGACAUCUUCUCCCUCUUAUGGUGAGAAGAUGGAGAAAUCCCAGUCGAAUGAAAGUACUUCUUCGUCAUUAUCGUCGUCGUCUCGAAAUGUCAAGCGUCUGCAGGACCAGAUCAAUCUGGCAGCUGCACGACCGCUCAAGCCCAAAGGUGGCAGCGAAGAUUCUACAAUGUCUCGCGAGAAUUCAUCACAAUCGAUGACACGACUUGAGUCAAAAGACGGGUCACAAGACAAAGUUGCUAUCUCGAAGCCUACUUAUCAACGACCAAAGCACGAUCGAGUAUUCUGUAAGCUAUGUGAUAGUCAUCAAGAAGGCUUUCGCGGCGAGCACGAGCUUCGAAGACAUCAAGAUCGAGAACACAAGUCGAUGGUUAAGAAGUGGGUUUGCAUUGAGCCAACAGAUGGUCAAAGCCAUCCCAAGCCAGUAUUGGCUCUCGCGAGGUGCAAAGCAUGUGCUCAACAGAAGAAGAAAUACGGCGCAUACUAUAACGCUGCUGCGCAUCUUCGACGCGCCCACUUCAAGCCUAAGGCUAAGGGUCGGGCAAAGAACAGCAAGGGUGACGACGCCGAGAAGCGCGGGGGAAAGGGAGGUGGAGACUGGCCACCAAUGUCUGAGCUCAAGUGCUGGAUGAAGGAAGUGGAGGAACAAGCAUCCGAAUUCCCUCUCAGCGAUGCUCAACAAGAGGCUGCCGAUGCAUCCGACGACGAAACACUCGAAGACGAUCAGUUCUACUCCCAACAAACCAUCUCAACUAUGGGCAGUAGCAUCGGUUUCGACACCCCCUUCAUCGCCGACAACUCACCAAUCCUCAACCUCUACCCGAACACAGUCAGCAACAACGACAUGUACGGCAUGCAAAUGUCUCUCGACCUGUCUGGUGCUGGGCAGACCCAGUGCAUGGAUCAAACCAUGUACACUGGGCCUACCCAGAACCUCUUUCCUUCUUUCUCUCACGAUUCUUUCCAGAAUGUGUUCUUCAAUAAUAACCCUUCUGUCUUUCCUCAAUACUCUGAUGAUCAGAUCCCUAGCUGGUCUUGAAUUAACACACUUUGUACACUCCUCUCUCUGAUCAUUCUCGAAAUGAUCUUUGAAAAAUCAUGUAUCCCCUUUUCUUAUUCUUUCAUGCAUAGGGUAUGGUAGUAAGGUUUAAAUUUUCUUAUUCAAAUUU